GGCUGGGGGCACGGUGCUGUCACAUGGGGCUGAGCAGCGCAGGCAAUAUAAAUGUGGUGACGUGUGCCCAGCAGGCUGUCCCCACGCCGGGAGUACCCAGCCCUGCAGAAGGAGCUGGGGAUACCCAUGCCAGCCUCAAAGGGACCCAUAGAGCCCAGCCUGGCAGAGCCAGAGUUGCACAACCAGCAUCCUGAGGGGAAGCACUGGCAUGGACAAGUUACCAGGACCAGUGACAGAGAGGCUGCAGAUUUCUCCCAAACUGGAUUCACAGCAUCCACUGACAUCUCCUGCAGAGAAGUACUAUCAAGCCCUGGUCACAGGGAACCUAAGGAGCCUGCAGGUGCUGACAGACAGAUACUAUGAAGAUGUCAACCUGGUUUUUGAGAUCAGUAAAAACGAGAUGGAGUGGCAGGUGAAAAGCCAAGCAUUUUAUGGACUCUCAGGACUGUGGUCACUGGAAUACAAGCAGGAGCUGAGCACACCGCUGUGCAUCGCUGCCAGCUGGGGCCACACCGCCUGCCUGCGGCACCUCCUGCAUCGUCAGGCUGACCCCAAUCUGGCACCAGGGGGCUGGGCCCCUCUGCAUGAAGCCUGCCGUGGGGGGCACGCUGCCUGUGUUGAGCUACUGCUGGAGCACCAGGCUGAUCCCAACCUCCAGAGCGAUGAGGGGCUGGCCCCGCUGCAUCUCUGCACCACCCGCAACUCACUGCGAUGCGCCGAGCUGCUGCUGAAACAUGGAGCCACCAUUGACCUGCCCAGCGAGGACAGCGGGGAGACAGCACUGCACGUGGCAGCCAAGCACGGCCUCUAUGACCAUGCCCACCUCUACCUGAGGCAUGGGGCAGACGUGGAUGCCCGCAGCACCCGGGGUGAGACAGCUUUGGGCUUAGUCUGCAGGCAGGCCCCAGAUGCUGUUGAGGAUGCCCUGCAGCUGUGCAGGCUGCUUGUUGUGCAUGGAGCCAAGCUGGACGCACGCGACGAGCUGCAGAGGAGCCCCCUGCACGAGGCCUGCGGGGCAGCCAACAACGUGCUGGUGAGGUUCCUGCUGAGACGUGGGGCAGAUGUCAAUGCCAUUGACUACAACGGCAUCUCCCCACUGGGCUGCGUGCUGCAGGCAGCUGCCUUCAAGCAGGAGCUGAGGCCUCACCUGGUCGUGCAGCUGCUGCUCAACUACGGAUCCCAAAAAAUAUGGCCCCAUGCCUUUGCCAAGGUGCUGAGGUCCUGCGCAGCUGUGCCAGAGAUCAUUGAAAUCCUCAUCAACUCCUACUCACAAAUCUCCAUCUCUGAGAAGUGGGUGGAGGCUGUGCCAGAGGAGGUCCUGCAGCAGCACCAGCCAUUCUAUGAGUCCUUGUUCCGGCUGGCAGGCACAGUCCGGUCCCUACAGCAUCUGUGCCGUUCUACCAUUCGGAAGAAAUUUGGCAGGCGGUGCCACUGCCUCAUCCCAUCGCUGCCCGUGCCCAAACCACUGCUGGAUUACCUGCUGCUGGAACCCGAGGGUGUCCUGCUCUGAAUGCACAGCCAUCCUCUGCAUCUUCCCCAUGGCAGCAUCCAUUGCUGCUGGCCAAGCAGAGGAGCCACCAUCGUCAUGACAGAUCGGUGCUUUUCUGGGACUUCCCGCAUAACCAUAAUGUGCUUUCAGCUGUAAUUUGGUAUGGAUUUGUUUGUUUCUUUCUUUUCUAAUUGUGCUUUUCAUGGGUUAUAAGGAGUAAUAAAAUGCGGAGUGGCUGCUGCA